UGCCCUCACAAAAGCGGCGGCAUCCGAAUCGGGUAACAGGACCCAACUCGCAGCAAAACAGUUCACUUAUACACUAGUAAAUGAUGGAUUACAAGCUCGCCAGGCGCUUCUUCCAAACAGCUCCGUAUCGCCGCGGUUGGAUACCAUCAGGCUUCCAAAUGUCGAUCUUAUCAGUCCCGAAUUCGUUGAUUCAAUCAUCAAACACCAUAUCCCGCCUGGGGGUUUACAACUUCGAGAUGCUACAGACAGCUCUGCUGCGAAGCUUUUGAUGACCCCGAUGCGGGAUGCGGACAUCAGAGGGCCGGCACUACGAGAUGCUCAUUCCAAAGCUGGCUCUUACCUAGCCUGGAGAUUUCUGGCCGACCUCAUUGGUCUUGAGGAAGUCACUAUCCGCCAUGUUCAAGGCAACAACACCAUAGGUCACCGACUCCGUGGAGAAGAGAAGACGCUGAUUGUGGCGUUGAUGCGCGGCGGCGAGUCCAUGGCUUUCGGCAUCAACGAAGUCUUCCCGAAAGCUCAAUUCUUGCAUGCCAAAGAGCCGAAUGAUAUCAAGCGACACCAUCUGGAGGACAACGUAACCGUUAUUCUGGUCGACUCUGUCAUUAACAAUGGCAAUACAGUUGUGAAGUUCGUGGAGUCCAUCCGAGCCAUCCAUGCAAUGAUUCGCAUCUUUGUUGUUGCUGGUGUAGUCCAGGACAAGGCAGUCUCGGGGUGUGGUCCCCUCAAGGCACUUGCGCGGACUGCUGAAAUUACAGUGGUAGCUCUUCGACUUUCUAAGAACAAGUACACGGGUAGCGGUGGAACUGAUACAGGCAAUCGCUUGUUCAACACGGCUUACUUACCCUGAAGCUAGUAUGGACGACUUAUGUUUGUUGCUUCAGUGCUUGGGGAUGAACUUUUCUGUCGUGUUUUGAGAAAGGAUGAUUGUUCAAGUACGGCUGAGCGGAUGGGAGGUCCUAUUUUCCACAUCCUAUGGUUGUAUGUGGUGGAUAUCUCCUUGAAAAGAAAUAUACUCCACAAGAUAGCUAAAGAUCUAGUCUAAUUUCUCAGCCGUCUCCGUAGGAUGAGCUGUCUUUGUAGCUAGUUAUCUCAUGGAACACGCGAGGAGGCAUCGGCAUCUACAGUAUUUGAAUAAAUGUCUAACCGAAAAACAAAGGCCAUGUGUGCCAUCUCUCUUUAGUCUUCUCAUGAAUAGCUAUCCUUAGGAAUCGAG